GUAUCAAUCUCAAUCGCUCCCCAGUAGCAUCUUAUGCGUGUCUCUCAACUUGGGUAAACCGAUUUGUUGAUCUGCAACGUUGCUGCGGCUUGGCCCGCAAGAGCUGAUAGUGAGUGUGUGCUGGCUGUGCCUCGUCCAGACAUUCUAGUUUGCUUCUUUACUCACUCGGAGCUAUGUGCAAUUUCCAAUCUCACACUUCUACCAUUGCCUCUUCUCAGAAGCCGAAAGACCAUGUCGUCCUCUUCCUCCCUCGUGGUAGACAUACACACACACAUGUACCCUCCCUCAUAUAUCCGAAUCCUGGAAUCGCGUUCUAAAAUCCCCCUCGUCCGCAAGUUUUCUCAAGCACCUGAUCCAAGACUCAUCCUUCUGGAGGCUGAGGUCAAAGCAUUGGAAGAAGCGACACAAAACCCUGAGGCAAAACCACCCGGACGGCCUCUAACGUCGCACUAUGCAUCACUUGCGCAAAAGUUGCACUUCAUGGAUACGCACAAGAUUGAUAUAUCUGUCAUAUCCCUAGCGAACCCGUGGCUAGACUUUCUAAGCCCUUCAGAGUCCGGCGCAAUCGCGCAGUCCGUCAAUGAAGAAUUCUCGCGCAUGUGCAGCGACAACCCUGGAAGACUCUUUUUCUUCGGAACACUUCCUUUGACAGCAGCUCUCGAGACUGUGCUGGCCUCUAUAGAGCAUCUUCGGAUCCUCAGAUACUGCCGUGGGGUCAUCCUGGGCACUUCAGGGCUCGGGAAGGGCCUAGACGACCCUGAUCUUCUCCCCAUCUUCGAGGCUCUCGCAACAACAGGACUAACUGUUUUCCUACAUCCUCACUACGGUCUCCCGAAUGAUGUCUGGGGACCUCGAGCGAGCGCCGAAUACGGCCAUGUGCUUCCCUUGGCCCUCGGUUUCCCUAUGGAGACAACAAUCGCCGUCGCCAGGAUGUACUUGGCUGGUGUUUUCGACAAAGUCCCAGAACUGCGCAUGAUCCUCGCUCACAGUGGUGGAACCCUGCCUUUCCUCGCUGGCAGGAUCGAAAGCUGCAUCGCGCAUGACGGGCAGCUGCUUCGUGAAGGCAAGCUAACCAAGGACCGCCGAACAGUGUGGGAGGUGUUGAGGGAGCAGGUUUAUCUUGAUGCUGUUAUUUACUCAGAAGUUGGGCUCAAGGCGGCUGUCCAAGCUAGCGGUGCUGAUAGGCUUAUGUUUGGCACAGAUCACCCCUUCUUUCCACCACUUACGACUGAUGAACAGGGGGAAUGGGAGAGCGUGAGCCUGAACGCAGAGGCCGUUGCUCUUGCAGUAGGACAAGAUACAGGGGACUUCAAGAACGUUAUGGGGAUGAACGCUGUCAAAAUAUUGCGGCUCGACGCAGAAUCGUGAUUCUAGGGGCAUGUAUUAGCGCGAGAUAAAACACCCCUUGUGUAUAGAC